AUGUCAGCCAACGAGGCUUUACUGCCUGACGAAAGCAAUCCAUCGCUCGUCGGGAAGGCACAGCCUCGCAAUAUAGGAGGUGACGACGAUUCUGUAGUGGAUGUUGCCGUCAGCGUUGAGAGGCGCGGCGUGCCAGAUGGCAAACAUGAAACUAUUUCGGCCAUGACGGUGGCCGCUAAGGUCGUGGUUAAGGGCAGCAAAAAAGGCGUCUUCUAUCGUGGCGAUAACCGACCACCAAGUGAGAUCUUUAAAAAGGGUUUCACCACACAGGGCAGCAAUAUGAAUCUCAUUACUCACCUAAGUUUUGGUGGGGAGUCGGGGUACGUCUCAGUUUCGCGAUCUCGCGAUGCGGCGGCCCGGUACGCCUUUGGCCGGACGGAAGCCAAGACCGAGACGGGAUAUAUUUACUACCUGGCCCCCCACAAUAUGCCAGACGGAUACUGGAUCCCCGAAAUGUACAAAGAUAAUGCGGUUCACGCGAACCAAGAAUUUGCGGCAGCCGCUAGUAUACCCCCUGAGACCAUUCAGGGAGUUCGCGUCAUCCAUAAGGCCAAACCGUUGAAGGAGGUAAAAUGGAUUGACAACCCAAAAUUCGCCUUCAAGGGAGCCGUCUGCAAUAUCCGGAAGAGAAGCCUCUGCAUUCCGCCUGCGACAGAAGAUGAGCACAUAAACUCCAAGCCGCCUUCAGAGGAGGGCCCAAUGAGAAAUCCCAAGCCUCCUUCAGAGCAGAGCCCGAAGGGAAAGUCCAAGCCGCCAUCACAGCUAAAUCACUCGGAAAGUCAAAUGAAGGCUUUGGCUGAACAAUUCGGAGAAAAGAGAUUGAAGAAGCUCGCGGGCCAGAAAGGGCUGGAUAAAAUCGCUGAAAAGAGAUUGAAGAUGCCCUUCAGCGAAGUGCGGCCGAGAAUCCUAAUCCCGAAAGGGCUCGCUCUCUCAGAAACGCUCAAGGGCGGGGCGCUCAAGGGACUCAAUGCAGUAGGGUACGCCUUUUGGGUGAACGAUAUGGUGGAAGCGUUUUCGACCGAGUCGAGCGGUCUGGAGAAGGCUGCAGCAGUGACGGCUAUUAUCCCUUUCGUCGGCUGCGGUUUUAACACCGCAGUGCAACAAGAGCACCACGAGGACGUCGACGUAUCUGCGGUAGAUACGGCCUUAUGCGUGAUAGGCGAUGCGCUGCUGCUAGGCAAAGUUACUGCUCCGGCAGGCAUUGUUGUGCACCUCUCACGAUCCCUGCUCCCAUUUAAGCUGCCCGAGCUACCUACGUUCGACGAAGUCCGAAGCAUGCGCGAUAAGCCGUGGGAUGAUUUUAUCCACAAAGAUAUAUUCGAAUCGUUUAUGUCUGAGAGCUGGCUGAUGAAGCUUGAGAGCGCCAUGGCCAUCGAGGCCUUAACUAUUGUGAACCGAGCCGCCGACACGAUAGGAAUAAUUGAGGCAGGUAGCCAGAUUGUCCUCGAGGGAAAUCAGAAUGAUGACAGGAAUGGGAGCGAGGUUGAAGACGGAAAGCCGGAAGGAAGCCAGCAGCAAGACGACAAGAGUGUAACCCGGGAUGAAAACCAGAGACUGGACACCUGCCAGGUCCAAAACUACACCAGGGACGUGGCCCAGGCCAAAAACAAUACCCAGACAGCCACUUCCCAGGUACUGGAAAAAAUGGACGCCGAGAUCAUAAGUCGUCAGCGUCAAUACCUACUUGGCCCUAGAAUGAUGCUGCAUAGCCUAGAGCAGUCAAUCAAAGAUACCAGCAAAGAGUAUAAUAAGGGUUUCAUCCAAAGACUCAAUUCCGAUGAGGUGGUAAAGUCAUACCCAAGCCCUAAGCGAUACCCAUAUAUCUUUCAAAAUGACCGAGAGCUAUACGGACGUACCCGCGGCCGUUUCUUGCAUAUCAGCAACAAUCUAGAUGGCUGGCCACCCCAGUCCCCCAACCUCUACACCUUGGCUUACUUCAUCGGCGUAAUGGCCGGAGUCGACGGCGACCAACCGCAGAAGUCUACGCGGCGCGAUGCGCCCGAAUCUGCUGCAAUAUCCGCCCCGACUAAGCCUGAUCAAUGGAAACAAGGCAUUAGUCCCGGGGUGAUUGACCCGAUUCUAUACUACAAAGAAAAGGCGAAACGGGAAGAUCGGCAGGCAGUCGUCCAACAUACCCUUGCCAUUGUAAAACUUCUCGAGGGGAAGAUUCAAGAGUCCAAGCUUCCUAGAAUUAAAAGUGGAAUGGGGCUCCCUGGCGCCAGUCUUCCAGAGUUUCAUCAGCUUAUUGCAAUGUUUGUCGGAUAUAAGUUCGCGAAUUGGAAGAAGAAACAGGGGUCCCGGGACGGCUAUAUCGACACGAAAUUCUCUGAGGACAACGCGCUUAUAGAGCACCUUUAUGGGGCUUCCAAGGACGACAAUGAGUUCAUAAAGGACUUUUAUGCCGUGCUGGAAAAAGAGCCUCCGAAGCAACAUGUUUCUAAGGACUACUGCGUGGGGGUGGUCAGUACAUUGGUCCAUCAAUACAUCGCCCCCGAAAUAAGGCAAAGUAAAGUCUCAGCCGGCAUGUCGGCGUCAGCGUUGCUUCCAUAA